UUGGUUUUUUAAGUACAACGAUUAUUAUUUAUAAAAGUUAAACAACGAUUUUAAUAACAUGAGACUUUAAGCAAGCAGUCGAAUAUAAUCGAAAAUAGUCAAAUAUUUGAAAAAAACUGCUUUGUAUAAAACUAAUAUAAAUGGCGGAUCAGGGGGAGUUGGAGAACCAAAAUGAGAGAAAAGGUUUGUUGUCCGAUAAGCAGUCAACGGCUUCAAAUGGUGUGUUUUCUACUGAUCUCUCUUGUUUUAGAUUAAUUGUAACAUUUCUUCUACUUGGCGUUCCAGUGUCUUUAAUUACGAUAGGAGCGUUAAAAAUAAACAAGUGUCCAAUAGAACCAAUGAUUCCAAUUUAUUUGAUUAUUUCUGGAGCAACUGGUAUUUUAACUGUCCUACUCACCUUUGUUUCUUCUAUCUCUAAACAAAAGUGUUGGUAUUGUUUAAUAUUGUUGACAUCAUUGUUUGCGUUAUGCUGGUUCGUAGCCGGUAAUAUAUGGGUGUUUAAAAACUAUAAAAAGAGAAGUUAUUGCGACGAAAAAGCAUAUUACUUAGCAUUUUGGUUUAUUGUUUUAACAUAUAUUCUUUCAGUUUUAAGUUGUUGUUGCGCACCAAUAGUAGGAAAACAAAUAGUUAAAUAAAUAAAUCGUAAACAAGCUUUUAACGUAUGAAAUGAUAAAGGUAGUGAACAACAGCCGAAAAUGUGAACAAUAGUCGUCUUUGAAAACUCUUUAUUUACUUAGAUACUUUUUGCAUUUUGCGCUAUUUAAAGUUACUAAACUUUAAAAAAGCCCAAUAAUAGUUAAUACUUCUUAAACAAAAUUACAUUUACAAUUAAAACAAAUUUACAUUUUUAAAAUUCAAACACACGCAUAUGCAAAAUAAGUACUUAGAAAUAACGUAUUUCAUUAUUUUUCAUACGUGUGUACCUGUGUGUGUGUGAAAGUUUACUUUACCUUAUAUAUCACAAGAUUAUAUUAACAAGCUUUUUUGAAAUAAAGUUACAAAUAUUGAUUUAUCUAUUCAUUUUUAACAAUUAGAAAUGUCUUGAGCAAUACGUAAUUUUACAGUUCUUAAAUUUUUUGCAGAACUCUAGAUAAUUCAAAAAUUUUAGUUAGCUUUUGUUUGCCGUAGUAUAAUGUUAUCUGUAUUGACUACUUUGCUUGCUUAAUCUUGAAAAAUAUUUUUAGAGAAAAAUUUAGAUUAGUUAUCUUGUUA